AUGGCAAGUAAAACGUACCUCUUUAUUACAAGGUUCUUAGUAAUAACAAACCGUCAGGCUCGAGGAGAACUCACAUCUCCUCCAACCCCCCAUCAACAACUACUGCGUCUACAACGAAGACAUGACAGUCAUGGUACCCCUCCCUCCUUCCCCUCCCCCAAACCCAAAAACCAGGAACCAAAUCCCUAAAUUCCAUAUCUCUAGAUAGUAGGCGGCCCCAACGCCCGAACGGACUACCACAUAAACACCACCCCCGAAUUCUUCUACCAAUACCGCGGGGCCAUGCUCCUCAAAAUCGUCGAGAACCACCUCACUUCCCCCCUAUUCCGGGAAAUCAUAAUCCGCGAGGGAGAGCUAUUUCUGCUUCCGCCCAACACGCCGCAUAACCCCGUGCGGUUUAGGGAUACGGUGGGCAUUGUGUUGGAGCAGAAGAGACCCGAGGGGAGCGAGGAUGCGCUCAGGUGGUAUUGUAGGAGUUGUGGGCUGGUGGUGGAUGAGGCCAGGUUCCAUUGUACGGAUUUGGGCUCGCAGAUUAAGAAGGCGGUCGAGGGGUUUAAGAACAGUGAGGAGAGGAGGAGGUGUAAGGGGUGUGGGACUAUGGCGGAGAGUGCGCCGCAGCCUGGGGAGAUCAAGGACCCGAAUUUGGAGGGUUGA